CGUAGCAACCGGGGCCGGUCCGUUACCCGCAGCGGUGGACGUACCAGCGGAGCUCAGCGAGGAGCAGCCGGGGGGAUUAGUCGUCGGUAACCGGAAACCACCUCUGGCAGCGGGGGCGUAGAAAAGAGACACGGGGGGAGACGCAGUAUCGAGGCGGCCAGCCCGCAGGUCCGCACGGAGAUGCUGAACAUGUGGAAAGUCCGGGAGCUGGUGGACAAAGCCACCAACGUGGUGAUGAACUACUCAGAGAUUGAGUCUAAAGUGAGGGAGGCCACCAACGACGACCCCUGGGGGCCUUCAGGACAACUCAUGGGAGAAAUAGCCAAAUCUACCUUCAUGUACGAGCAGUUCCCGGAGGUGAUGAACAUGCUCUGGACCAGGAUGCUGAAGGAUAACAAGAAGAACUGGAGACGGGUCUACAAGGCCUUACUGCUGCUGGCCUAUCUGAUCAGAAAUGGCUCGGAAAGAGUUGUGACCAGCGCCAGAGAACACAUCUACGACCUACGAUCUCUAGAAAACUACCAUUUUAUCGAUGAGAACGGUAAAGAUCAGGGAAUCAACGUACGUCAGAAGGUGAAGGAGAUGGUGGAGUUCAUCCAGGAUGACGACAGGUUGAGGGAAGAGAGGAAGAAAGCCAAGAAGAACAAAGACAAAUACAUCGGCGUCUCCUCUGACAGUAUGGGUGGAGGAGGAGGAGGAGGAGGAGGAGGUGGAGGAGGAGGCGGCGGUGGCGGCAGCGGCAGUUUUAAGAACUCCAACGAGUUGGAUCGGACUAAGUGGGAUGAGGACUGGGAUAAGAGCAGAGGAUCGUUUCCCUUCAGCGAGAAACUGGGAGAGAUCAGUGACAAGAUCGGAAGCACCAUCGACGACACGCUCAACAAGUUCAGGAAGAAGGAGCGAGACGAUUCGCCCGACAGAAUCAGUGACAACGAGGAGGACCGAGCAUCGAGAAACGGGAGGCAGGAGGCUCUGGAGUUCAAAGACGAGGAGGAAACUGUCACAACAAAGAGCAUCCAGAUCACACAGGCGACGGAAACCACCACCACCACCACACGCAAACGCAGCGGAGGCACCAGCAGCAAAACCCUGGACCUGGGCGCCGCCGCCCACUACACCGGAGACAAGAGCCCCGAGGAGAAGUCGUCAGUCAGGCAGUCCUCCAGCAGCGGGCUCGCAGAUCUGCUGGUGAUCGACCCCUCGUCCACCCAGAGCGCCACGACAGGUGGUAGUUCGGACCUCAUCGGGGGCUUCGCUGACUUCUCCUCCCCGGCAGCGUCCGCCAGCCUCCCCACCUCCACCGCUGCUACGUCGUCCACUGGAAAUGGAGAGUUCGGAGACUGGAACGCCUUCUCGGCCAAUCCGCCGGCCCCGUCGCACCCCGCCGCCUCCCAGCCCGUCGCCGACCUGUUCGACAGCGUCCAGUCACCCGCGGCGCCGGCCUCCAAUCCCGCCGCCGUCCCUCCCUCCGCCGAGCUCUUCAACCUGAUGGGCGGAGUCAACCAUCAGCUCGCCAAUCCACACACGACGCUCAGCGCCUCUCAGAGCAUGACCUUCUCUCUGGGGGGGGUGACGCCGGGAGGGUCCGUGGCCAUGCCCGCCAUGCCGCUCUCUCGCUCCCAGCAGAGUCUGACGGGGAUGGCGUCUCAGCAGCCAAUAGGACAACAGCAGAAGGUCGGCGUUGGGGGCCAGGGGUCGCUAGGGUCGACGUGGUCCGACCCCUCGGUGAACAUCAGUCUGGACUUCCUCUCAGCAGGCCUCAACCCAACCAAGACACCGCCCACACUCAACAAUAUCAUUCAGCAACAAGGAGUGCCUCCUGUCAACCUGCUGGCCCAGAAUUUUGGAGGACUGACCCUCAGCUCGCCUCCCCACGUGACGCCCAUAAGACCACCCGCCGCUCCCAUGAUGGCGGGAGGCGCCAUGACGAUGGGCAUGCCCGCCGCCAUGGCCGGCGGCGUCCCGUCCUCAAUGACCACGGGCCUGCAGAGUGGCAUGCCGGUGAACCAGGGCAUGAUGGGAAUGAACAUGAGCAUGAAUAUGGGCAUGGCCGCUCCAGUGAUGAUGGGCGGCAUGGGCGUGCCGGGCGUCGGGAUGGGCCUGACGCACGCCAUCUCCCCGGCCGUCGUCCCACCCAAACAAGAUGCCUUCGCUAACUUUGGCAAUUUUGGGAAAUGAAGGUUUGCACACGUGUGCAGGCGUGUUGGUGUGGCUGCGAGUGUGUGUGCGUGUGCAUGUCUGACAUUAGGAAAGUGUUGAACCACAGAAGGACUGUACUUGAAGACGACCUUGCAUGCUUCUCUCCCUGCUCGCGCUCCCGUCGGCGAGCCGGCUCCAGUCGCCCGCCCGCUCGCCGCCCCGGUCUGGGAGGGGGGGAGAGUACCAGUACCUCCUGCUGCCCUUCAGUCACUUGAUGUGUGAAGUAUUGUCACACAGACGACACCAGAAGUGCAGAGAAGGUGUCCGCACACGGCCUCUAGUCAUCUCUUCUCCGUGAGGGAGGACCUUCUCAUCUCCACCGGUUUUCUACAGUCUCAUCACCUUCACCACAGAAAUAAGCGAGAGCAGUUUUUCCUCUGUGACUGCAAGGAAAUCCUCCGGAUACGGGGGAAUCAGACACGGCGUUGUUGCCUUAAUUUUGCAUUGUAGCAUGAGACAUCAUGUUCCAUGUGAUUCCAGCCACGUUCAAUGAGAAAGUCAAAAGCCAUUCCAUCGUUCUACCAGCGGAGGUAACGUGGCGCUGGCCCUGGAGCAGAGGCAGAACACCGCUGAUGUGUUGAGGCAAUCGGUGUUGGUCGCACUUAUUCUAGAGCCAUAACGAGGUGGACGGGCUGCCUGUUACAUCCUUCUUCUUUUAGUUUGCGCUCUCUCCUUGGAUCAGUUAAGCAGGUGAACGCUCAGAGGGUCAGUCACGUUGUGCUGAAGUUUGAAAGCGAAACGAACAAACAGAAGUGACUCGCAGUUUGGCUCAACUUCACAUUUUGGAUGCAGUUACCAGAUCAAUAUCAAGAGAUCAGUCAGUAUUUUAUUCUGAUGUUUUGUCUUUAUAGCACCAUAUUAUUUCAAUCACUUCUGACUUUUAGGAAAGCUUUGAUUUUCUAUUUUACUUCCACAAAGCGACGCUGUCUUUUUGAAUUGAAGGACAGAAUAAAUAUUUUCCUAUUGGCUGUGAGAAAAGGAGCAUCACCAUGUAUGAUUUGUUAAAUUUCUUUCAUGUUUACAGUAGCUGAUUUUUUUCUGGGACCUUUAAUCACAAAGUAUUUGCCGGCAAAUAUUCUUCAUCUCACUGUUCACGACUUAACCUCACAAACCAUGUUACAUUU